AUGGCUUCUCCUUCUCCUCUGUUUCUAAUACUCUGUUUCACUUACCUCUCUGUUUCAUUCUCCCAAACACUCUUCCUUCCCCUAACCCACUCCCUCUCCCAAACCCAGUUCAACACCACCCACCACCUCCUCAAAGCCACCGCCACGCGCUCCGCCACCCGCUUCCACCGCCACCGCCACCGCAAAACCACCCAACAAGUCUCUCUCCCACUCUCCCCCGGAAGCGACUACACUCUCUCCUUCACUCUCGGCUCCUCCCCUCCUCAGUCCAUCUCCCUCUACAUGGACACUGGCAGCGACCUCGUCUGGUUCCCCUGCUCUCCCUUCGAGUGCAUUCUCUGCGAAGGCAAGCCUAACUCCACCUUCCCCCCUCCCAAAAUCCCCCAAAACGCCGCAGUUUCCUGCGACUCCCACUCCUGCUCCGCCGCCCACUCCGCCCUCAGUUCCCGCUCUCUCUGCGCCAUCGCCAACUGCCCUCUCGACUCCAUCGAGCUCUCCGAGUGCUCCUCUUUCAAAUGCCCGCCGUUUUAUUACGCUUACGGCGACGGAAGCUUGAUCUCCAAGCUUUUCCGAUACAGCUUAUCAAUCCCCAUGUCAACGCCGUCCUUACUUCUUCCCAACUUCACUUUCGGGUGUUCCCAUUCUGCCCUCGGCGAGCCGAUUGGUGUUGCCGGCUUCGGCCGGGGACUUCUUUCUCUUCCGGCUCAGCUCGCCAGGUCCUCUCCCCACCUCGGUAACCAGUUCUCUUACUGUUUGGUUUCUCACUCCUUUGACCAGGAACGAGUUGGGAGACCGAGUCCGCUCAUCCUCGGCCGCUAUGAUCAGAAUUCUGCCCAUGGAGCUGACGAGUAUACCUACACUUCCAUGCUGUACAACCCGAAGCACCCUUAUUUCUACUGUGUUGGUUUGGCCGGAAUAUCUAUCGGGAAAAGGGUUGUUCCGGCGCCGGAGUUUCUCAAAAGGGUAGACGAGAAAGGGAACGGCGGAGUUGUGGUGGACUCCGGGACGACGUUCACUAUGUUGCCGCAGCGGUUCUAUAACUCGCUGGUGGCCGAGUUCGACCGCCGAGUCGGGCGAGUUCACAAGCGGGCGACUCAGGUCGAGGACGGGACCGGGCUCGGGCCGUGUUACUACUACGACGGCGUUAUGGAAGUUCCCGCCGUGACUUUGCAUUUCGUGGGGGAGAAAUCGAGUGUGGUGCUGCCUAGGAAGAACUAUUUUUACGAGUUCACGGACGGUGGCGAUGGGACGGGGAAGAAGCGGAAAGUGGGGUGUUGGAUGUUGAUGAACGGCGGCGAUGAGAAGGAGUCCGGCGGUGGGCCCGGGGCCAUUUUCGGGAAUUACCAGCAGCAAGGGUUUGAGGUGGUUUAUGAUUUGGAGAAGCAUAGGGUUGGGUUUGCAAAGAGGCAGUGUUCAUUGCUUUGGGACAACCUCAACCAGAGGUGA